CAGGGCUCGAGGCAACACUAGUCUACUAUUCCGGAGGAGAACCUUUCUGGAAGUCGGUGGAAAACUGCAAAAUGCCCAAAGACGACCCAGAAACUGCUGGCUUGAAGCAGGAACUGAACGAUCUCAUCGCUAAAUCGAAGGCUGAACAAGAAAAGGCAGCGGAUUGCAAACUCGCUGAGAAAUGUGGGGAUUUGGCAGAUGUACAGAAAAUACGACUUGUCGUAAAGAAGACUCUGAAGGGUCACAUAAAUAAAGUAAACUCUGUCCACUAUAGCGGUGAUUCUAGGCACUGCGUGACUGGUUCCCUGGAUGGAAAGCUCAUUAUUUGGGACACAUGGAGCGGCAAUAAGGUCCAGGUCAUUGCUCUCCGCUCCGCUUGGGUUAUGAGUGUUGCCUUUUCCCCGUCAGGAAAUUUCGUUGCAUGUGGAGGUAUGGACAACAUGUGCACGGUGUAUGACGUCAACAACCGAGAUGCCACGGGUGCUGCUAAGAUGGUGCGGGAACUGGCUGGCUACGAAGGCUUUCUGAGUAGCUGCAGAUUCCUUGACGACACCCAUAUUGUCACUGGGUCAGGUGAUAUGAAAAUAUGUGUCUGGGAUUUAGCAGCCGGUAAAAGAGAAGUAGAUUUUAAUGCACACGCUGGAGAUGUGGUUUCUAUCUCGUUGUCUCCAGACAUGAACUCCUACGUGACUGGUUCCGUGGACAGGACAUGUAAGCUGUGGGAUGUGCGUGCAGAAAACGCAAAACAAACGUUUUUUGGACAUGAGGCUGAUGUGAACAGCGUUUGUUUCCACCCCAGUGGUCAGGCAUUUGCUACUGCCUCCGAGGACAAGACUGCUCGUCUGUUCGACAUACGAAGUGACCAGCAGAUUGGACACUACACCCCUGUAGGAAAUGGCGGAUUUACUAGUUGCGGUCUUUCCUCCAGUGGACGAUACCUCUUAGCCGGCUCUGACGAUAACACAAUCCAUUCCUGGGAUACUCUGAAAGUCGCGCAUACUGGACAAUUGAAUGGACACGAAAAUCGCGUCACCUCUAUCUCUAUAGCGCCAAGUGGUAUUGCCUUAGCGAGUUGCUCCUGGGACCAGAGUGUCAAAGUCUGGGGAUAAAUGCCAAGUUCAAAAUCAGAAGAUAAGGAUAGAAAAAAUAUUUUACUAGGACCCGUUUCAGAGUCUUCUAAUAGCAUCGUGAUCGCUAGUCUCGUUCCAGUCACCUUAUACCAAGAAAGAAAGUGACAAUACUUGUGAAUGUGCUACCAGAUUUAUGUCCGAAUUCCCAUACUUAACAGCUAUCAGAAGAUUGUGAUACUGGGCAAUGAAAAGAAAUAAAAACUAAUGUAAAUGAUAGAAAAUAUAUCAAAGUUCAAACUUCAAACACACAUAAGACUACUGAGAAAAAUACAAUUUCAUUUGGCUAAAGGCUCAGUAGCUAGUGGUACCACAUUUUUAAUGAAUUGUGAGGAAGAGCUAAUUAUAUUAUUAUCAGUUGCUAUUGUUGGUAAGAAUAUACCGAACCAACAAUCUGGUUUGAACACUGAACAUAGAAAAGCUAUUUAAGCACCAGCUUAAUUAUAAUACGUAAUAGGCACUAAUAUUGUAAUAUAAAUAAAAUAUACUUUCAAGAUACUGUUGUAAGCUCAUAUUUAUAUUCAUCAAUAACUAUAUUUUAAGUAGGUAAUCACAGCAAUAUAAAUUAUUAUAUUUAUUUUUGUUGAAAAGGGAAGAAAAAUUUUAAAAACUAUUAAGGGAACCUUUCUAGAGCAAGUAUUCCAAUUCCUUAAGUAAUUAAAAAUGUAGCUAAGGAAUAUUUUUACUCUGGUGCAAUAUUAAAUCAUCUACGAAAAUAAUAUUUUGACCACGACUGUAUUAAUUUUACGCAACUGAAACUGUUUUAGUUUUAAUUAAAGAAAUACUUAAAG